CUCUGGAUUGACAAUCUCGUAUUCUUCCUGUGGCUGUGUUUCUAAUUUUGUUCUCACUUUCUCAAAAGCAUCCAUGUUUUCUGACAGGGAUUUUUUGUUUUCUUCUUUAAUAGGCAGAUGAUCCUAGAAGAAGUCAGCCUGGCUCUGUAUACAAACGAGUGCGAGCAGGCCGGAGGCCCUGAAGCGCUCGGGAAGCCACGGGAGUGACCGCAGCGGCGUCCAGCCGAGGUCUGCUUCCUGCAGCCCACAGAGAGACAACCUGGCCACGGCCGCCCAGCGCGGGUUUGCAGCACGCCGCCUGACGUAACCCCGCUCCAGCACGAGCGCCACGCCGAUUUCGCCAUCUUUGUGGUGGUCAUGGAGGGACUUUCCCUUCCUAAUGUCACGGAGUCUCGAAAGAUGGAAGGCUCAGGUGUCUGUGCUGAUUUUCUGAGCUCUAGCCGAAACAAGAGGGCAGACAACUACGAGAGAAAGUGUCCUCUUAGCUCUGCCAAACUCCCUCACCCUCUGGCGUGCCCUCACUCAAGAUGGCCGCGAGCAAAAUGGUGCAGUGACGUAGCGGCGCUUUCUUGGUUGUCAAGGAGACGCAAAUACCGGAAAUGCAGAAUUCGGGGAGGGCGCGCUUGCCGGAGCCUCUGAGGAGAGAGGCCGUCCGUCCCAGGUCCUGACAGGGAAGAAGUAGGCAGGUCCUGACAGAAAAGAGCUGUGGCCGCCGCACGUUUCGCGUAUAGGCUGGUCCAGUGGGAUGGAGUCCAGAGUCGCGGACGUCGGGGAAGGCGAGACUGAGCGAGCCGUGGGUGAGGCCUCGGCAGCUGACGGCGCCGCUCGGGGGCCAGCAGCCUCGGCGUCCCUGGGAGCUGCCCGAUGGAAGCUCCUGCGGCAGGUUCUGAAACAGAAACACCUGGAUGGUUGUCUACGACACGUAUCUGUAAGAAGAUUUGAAUCAUUUAAUCUAUUUUCGAAAACUGAAACUAGUGGAACUGCAGAGGAGGCGGGUGCGUGGGUCCAAUACACAAGUGUCUUCCAUCCCGAACACAGUGUCUUCUUAAGGCAUAAUAGUGGAUCCUUGAAUGUGGGAGAUGUUCUUACCAGCUUUGACAAUACAGGAAAUGUUUGCAUCUGGCCAUCCGAAGAGGUUUUGGCUUACUACUGCCUGAAGCACAGUGACACAUUCAGGGACCUUGCUGUGUGUGAGCUAGGGGGUGGCAUGACAUGCUUGGCUGGGCUCAUGGUUGCUAUUUCUGCAGAUGUCAAAGAAGUUCUGUUAACUGAUGGGAAUGAAAAGGCCAUCCAAAAUGUAAGAGACAUCAUCACAAGAAAUCAGAAGGCUGGUGUGUUUAAAACCCAGAAGAUAUCAAGCUGCGUUUUACGAUGGGAUAAUGAGACAGAUGUCUCUCAACUGGAAGGACAUUUUGACAUUGUUAUGUGUUCUGACUGCCUGUUUCUGGACCAGUACAGAGCCAGCCUUGUUGAUGCCAUAAAGAGAUUACUCCAGCCCAGGGGGAAAGCAAUGGUAUUCGCCCCGCGCCGUGGGAAUACUUUAAACCAGUUUUGCAAUCUAGCUGAAAAAGCUGGUUUCUCUCUCCAAAGACAUGAAAAUUAUGAUGAACACAUUUCAAACUUGCACUCCAAGCUGAAAAAGGAAAACCCAGACCUAUACGAAGAAAACCUUCAUUACCCUCUGCUGCUCAGCCUAAUCAAAUGCGGAUAGAAGAUCCAGCUUCUCAGAAGAGCAAGGAAACCACGAGUAACUGGGGCAAAUUCUCACAAAAACCCAAAUGUGCACCAGGUCCCACGUGCAGCAACCCCCCAAUGACCGGAGAUCACCAGGGUCCCAGGGCCAGGCCCACACUGCCUCCCAGACAUUCCAUGGUGGGUUAGGGGCUCCCCUGUCCUCACCGGCCACCUUCCCUGGCCCUGCCUGCAUCCCCAGCUCCCUGCCUUCUCUUUCUACAUUUUGCUGGCUGCCCUUCCUGUACCACACCCCUUUUGGUAUCCAAGUCUGAAGACACAGCCUGCGAUCUGAAUUUGACUCAUGAGCAGACUAAAUGUUGUCCUGAGAGACAGAGUUUCUUUUGGUGACUCCUAGUUCCACUUUAAAAAA